AUGGUGCAUGAUGCCGACGUUACAUGGGAAGAGGGCAAGCAGAUUUGUGUUGAGUUGGGUGGGGUGAUGGUUGUCCCUCAAGAAGAAGAGUUACAACACCUCCUCGCCAUGUGCAGUUGCAGAUGGUUAUGGAUUGGUUGCAACGACAUUAAAACUGAAGGUACCUGGGUGUGUCUGGAUGGUGAAGGUACUAUUGACGUGCAGGACAAGAGAUGGAAUGAUGGUCAGCCAAAUAAUAAUUACGGCAACCAAGAUUGCGCUGCAAGCAGUGCUUCAGGCUGGCACGAUGGGGAUUGUGGAUCAACACGCAAGAUAGUCUGCCAGCGUCCCGCGCUGGGCCCCUGUAGUCGUAAUUCGACAGGAUGGAUACCCGACAAGUUGACAGAUCGUUUCUUUCGAGAUACCAACCCACAGGAGGGUUCCUUCAUCAGUUUCCAAGGAGGACAGAAAGCUGAACUGACUUUCAGAAUAAACCCAAACUACAACAUGUCCACAUGCCCUGAUUCAAUUCAGCAGAAGAUGUUAAACAACAGCAAAGGAGUAACGAUAUUUCAUCCAGAGAUACACCAGUUAAUAAACAGUCAACUUCUAAAUAACACAGAAUACACACGACUGAGACCGUACUAUAUGCCAUUUGGAUACAAAACAAAAACAAAGUUUGCAUUUAAAGAUGUUCAAGACACCUUGAAGCUUUUUCCAGCUAAAGACUCUAUUUUCGAUUUUUCCGAUGAGAAGCCACGUCCAAGGUGUCUGUCAUGCGCGAUUAUCGGUAACGGUGGCAUACUCAACGGCUCCAAGAAAGGAGAAGAAAUCGAUCGACACGAUAUGGUCUUUCGUGUGAAUAAUGCUGUCCGACGAAACCAUAUGCACGAUGUCGGCAACCGCACAACGCACUAUUUUUUCUUCGAUAGAUCUUUACGUGGGAUGUCGGCAAAUGAUGUGCCAUAUGACAAGGGCUUGAUUUAUGUAUUUCUACCAUGUCGUUAUAAUGACUAUAAAUACAUUGCUGGAGUUGUGAUGGGAAAAGACCCAAAGAUUAAAGUUGCGGCAGAUACGGUACGGAUUCUACACCCAGACUUCGUUAGAUACUUCCACAAGAUUUGGAUUAAUACACCUAAAAAGACUUUCCGGCCUUCAACCGGUGCCAUUAUGUUUCUGACGGCACUGCAUGCAGGAUGUGAUAGCGUGAGUGUCUAUGGUAUAGGCCAUACUGACGACUACACGUACUAUUAUUAUGAUGCUAAGUUUACAUCAGUUAACUGGAAACGAUCAGUCCACGACACCCUGGCUGAAUUGUAUAUUCUACAAGGUUUAGAUAGAAUUGGAACUAUUGACUGGUACAAGCGCGAUGUCUCGUCAUUUAGAACAAAUUAAGAUGAUAUUUUAUUUUGUUUAUAUAAGUUUACGUGUUUAUUUCAGACAAAAACCCUUCAACUCAGGAGUAGCACGGUUAUUGCACCAAGCGAUUUCCUAGAUCUACUCUCACACUUGGGCGAACAUUACGCUUGCCAAUGCCUUUACGAACGUUUCCAACGCUAACGCACGCUUUACUUACGUUACCAAUUCGACGGCGAAUGACCGUCAUCGCAACAUUCGCUGAAAUUUAGAAACUGGUUUCUAAAUUGACCGAUCUUGGGAACAAUUUGUGAACGUACCGAAUUUGUGAGCAACGCUCACGAAGGCACGGCGAAUGUUGCGAGG